UAAAUUUGGAGAUGCUGAUCUAAGGCGAAUAACGUGUUAUGUUUAUCAUGGGACACUGGAUCUUGUCAUGGCUGGUUUGGUUUGAGGGGAAAGAUAAUCCUUGGUUAGAUGUUAUAUAACUCAUAAGCUCGAUCUAGUGGAAAUUCCACCCCACUUAUUUCUCUUCAACUCCAGCAUCCAUGUUCGAAUCAUUGGACUGGAGCCUUUUUGGUGGAAAAGCAAAGAUUGUGAAGGAGAUCAUGGAGGGCUAGAGCUUGUUGGGGUUUGCGAGGAAUUAAAUACUUCUACUUUGCAGCUCACUUGGACGCUGUUUCUGAGCAAUGAACUCCUCGAACAAUGGCACGCCGAAGAUGAUCAAGAUUAAACUUGGAGAUACUCUCAAGCGUAUGAAACUAUCUUUCUACGAUGGACGCCUGGAACUUACCAUGAUUGAUUUGAGGAAAAAGAUCUGUGAUUUAUUUAAAUUCCCUGCGGAUGCUGACUUUAUCUUGACAUAUGUUGACGAAGAUGGUGAUGUGGUAACACUUUUUGAUGAUGAUGAUCUGUCUGACGCGGUUGAUCAGUGCUUGAAAUUCGUGAAGAUCGAUGUGCAACUGAGCAACAACAAUGCUCAAUCUGGUGGAAGCAGCAUUUCUACCCAACGUCUUACUUCUCUUCAAACCCAACAUCCAUAUCCGAAGAUCGGAACCUUUGUUGUUGCUAAGGUUUCUAAAUCAAAGCUGCAAUGGCUCCGGGAUCUGCUACAUAAAGCACUUAAGAUUUAUGAGUAUAUAAUUUCAACUGUCUCUGCUCCAGGUCUUGUCGAUUUAAUAUCAAAGGCCGCACAGACCUACCUCAAAUAUCUCGAUUCACUCACUCAUUCUGGGGGAAGCAGCAUUUCAAAAUCAAUGCUGCAACGGGAUCUGCUACAUAAAGCACUUUCAACGAUUUAUGAGUAUAUUUCUAAAGCUGCCCCUGCUCCAGUACUACUUCUUGUUGAUUUCAUAUCAAAGACCGUACAGACCUACCUCAACUGCAUUCACAAACUCUUUCUGGUGGAAGCUGGGUGGUAAUUAACCUUGCAAGUUUGGUUUUACGCUGACUAAAACAACAGAUCAAGUUAUGAAUAUCAAGUUGCGUACGUGCUGUAAUAGAUCUCACAGGGGAGGAAGGAUUAAGUUGAAGGCCCCUGGGCCUUUACCAUAUGGUAUAUUACUAUUACUAUUAUAAGUUAAUGCAGUAUGUGUGUAUAUAUAUAUAUAAACUUGGUGUUUGUAAUGGAAUGAUUCGCUUUUUCUCAAGGGCGACUUGAUAGAACAACAUGCCAUGAUGACAUAUAUGUGUGUGUGUGAGAUGUAUUGUAUUGUUGAUAAUUUGGUGAUUUUAUGCUAUUGUGCCUUGGUUUUCACA